GAGGAACCAAUAUAUUCCUAUGACAGUCCUACAAAGGAAGUGGUAGCUCGACAGGAGUGGGUUAAAGAAGCCGUGGAUCCAGACUUCUGGGGAAGAAGUACACACAUUCUUAUGGAGACUGAGAACGUGUUCAAAGACAACAUUAACACUGCAAGAGAUCGCUUCAACCAGACAAGUGCCCUAAUAUUGCAGAAACUGUACAAGUGUGAGUGGGAUGAGGAAACCGGUGCUACAGAUGGACAUGAACAGUAUGGAUAUGGAGGAGAGGACUUCCUUUUAUUUGAUAUGAAGAAUGAAAGAUGGAUUGCACCUGUUCGUCAGGGACUCAUCACCAAAAUGAAGUGGGAUGAUAAUGUUAAGCUUAAAGCCAAAAUUCACUAUCUAACCCAUACGUGUAUUGGAUGGCUGAAAAAAUAUGUUUUCUAUCAGAGAAGCAUGCUGGAGAGGACAGUCCCACCGCAGGUAACUUUGUUUCAGAAAAACCUCUCCUGUCCUGUGACUUGCCAUGCAACAGGCUUCUACCCGAAAGCAAUCAAGAUAUUUUGGGGAAGAGAUGGAGUAGAGAUCCAUGAUGAUGUGGUGCAUGAAGAGACCCUGCCUAAUGGGGAUGGGACGUAUCAGAAGAGAACCCAUCUCACUGUGUCCCCUGAAGACCUACAGAAGUACAACUACACAUGCACUGUCCAACACAUUAGAGGUGAUGAUGUGGUUCUGUCUGCUAACAGGGACAGCAUUCGCAGGAAUAUUCGCAGGCACUACAACAUCACCAUCACCAUCUUCAUGGUCUUUGUAUUGGUCACAUUGGUCAUCGGUGUUGUUGUAAUAAAGAGAAAGGGCUGGAAAGGAAAAGAUCCAACAGCUGGAAAGGAAAAACAGUGUCCAACAAGUCUCCCGGAGAAGAAUGUUCUUCUGCUCAACGAUGCAAAACCUGCUGAAAUGGAGAAACCAAAAAUGAGCCAUCCAGCUGAUACUCUCCAGUGCCCGAAUCAAGACGACUGGUGAAUUUUGUUCAGGAAAGUUCAGGAUGAAUGUUUUCAUAUUUAAGGUUACGACAGAUCGUCCAACAGAAGCGGUACAAUUUCCUCAAGCUCUUCAAAAGUCUCUGAU